AUGUUGGCACUCUUCAAAAUGAAUUCCGGAGCUUUGCUAGAAAGCAAACAGAGCGCGACAGGCAGUACUGUCAACUCCUCCCAGAGCAAUCAGAACCUACCACUGUGGUUGGCCGCAAAGAAUGGGAAGGAGGAUGAAGUAGAGUCACAGCUCAGUACGAACGAAUGGAAAGAGUUACGGCUCGGUACGAAUGAAUGGAACAAAACCGCGAAAGACUCAGAGGGCAGGACAGCGCUGUGGUGGGCCGUGUGGCACGGACAAGCGAGGAUAGCCGGGAUGCUGCUUGCGACGCGGAAAUUCGACGUGAACGAAAGACCUUAUGGUUACUAUGGGCUGUUACAUGCAGCUGUACUGUUCAAGCACAUCGAUGUAACUAAACUCCUGCUCGACCAAGAUGGCCUAGACGUCAACAGCAAAGACACCUAUGGCCUUGAUAACCUGAAUCAGCAGACACCGCUACAUUUGGCCGCGGAUCGAGGCCUGGAAGAGAUGGCGAAAUUACUGCUUGCACAUCCUGGCAUCGACGUGAAUUCUCAAAAUAAAAGUGGUGAAACUCCACUACAUGCAGCCGCGAAGAAGGGUUAUAAAGAGAUCUUGGUGUUAUUACUUGCACGAGCCGAGAUCACUUUAGCCCCACGCAAUAAGAAUGGUUCAGCCCCACUCCACCUGGCCGCGGAAAACGGGCAUGAAGAGCUGGUAGACGCAUUACUAGGUACACCAAAACUGGAGACCAUGUCAGAUGUUGGCAAAGACGAGUACGGUGGCUCACCAUUACAUGCAGCUGCAAAGAAUGGCCACAGGGGUGUCGUGAAGCUGUUACUUGCACAUGGCACUGAUCCAGAUUUACGAGACCCAAGGGGUGCAACUCCACUGCAUCUGGCUGCGAUUGAUGGAUAUGAAGACUGUGUCAUUGCGCUUAUGGAUCGUGCAGAUGUGAACGUAAAAGACCAAAAUCUUCGCACUCCUCUACAUGAAGCCGUGCAGGAACAACAUCACAAAGUGGUGGAGCACUUGCUCAAAAAGUCUAGAGUUCUCGUACAUGUUCCAGACAAGGAUCUAAGUACACCGCUACACCUAGCCCUGCUCAUGGGAUACGAAAGUAUUGCAAGGCAACUCCUAAAAGCUUCCGGCUUCGGCGAGACCCCAAAGGGUACACACAACAGAGCUCUCCUGUCUUGUGCCACUCAAACAGGCAACGCCGUGAUGCUAAAGCUGUUGUUUAAACGUCUCGAACCCAGUGUUAUUACCGCAGAAAUUAAUGCCCUCGACGAAAACGAACAAACGUUGUUAUGGUCGGCUGCUAAACGCCGAGAUAACAAUGUGAUGGAAUUACUCUCUAAGAAGGAUGAGGUGACGUUGCAUUUACUAGUUCAGAGAGGGGAAGCGUCUUUAGUGACAGUUCUAUUAGAGGCUGGCUACAAUGUCGAUACCAAAGACAACCUCGGUCGCUCGGCCCUGCACGUUGCAACGAUACUUGGACACUUCGACAUAGCGGAGAGCCUCGUAUCCUUUGGAGCGAGUGUCGACUGCAAAGAUGGGCGAGGCAACACAGCAUUACGUCUAGCGAUACAACGAAAGCGCUGCGAUUUUAUUAACAUGCUUCUUGAGAGUUCUGCAGACAUGACGGGAGUCAGAAAACAUGAGUGGCUUGAUGCGUAUGGUCAAACAAUGCCAGAUGCUGUAUACCUGGAGAAAGAGUUGAGUGGGAAGAAGACUAUACGUUCCAUCAAAGCAGCAGCUAUUCCAGAUACAAUCAGGCAGAUGCAUAACGCACCAAAGACAGGGCGUCGUCUCAUGCUGCUGGCCAACGAAUUGCCAUGGAAAAAUGGCCAAUUACAUCCCUCCAUAGUACCGAUACGGCCGAACAUGCUAGAGACGUCCGUACCAAGUCUCUCCAAAAGUGGCAAUGUUCGUUUCUCCGUCGCAAUUUGGUUUCCUGCUGGCUUCGACAAGGCGAAUGGAAAUUUCUUCAAGGUACCCGAUCGAGGCACGUGUAGAAUCGCAUGGAGUACAUCAUCAUCAACCUCAAACGUAGAUGAUGAAUUAAGGUGCAGACCAACGGAUUACUUCAGCAUGCUUCCUAGCGGCAACAUUCCAAAGGACGGACUCGAUUUCUUCGCACAAUUCCUAUCCCACCUGCGAGAGGUGUGGCUAGAAAUCUGUGAUCUAGCUGAGCAACAUUUGGCUGAAUGUCGCAUCAGUCAACUCGAAGAAAGAGGCAGUAACCGUGAGCUCAUACUGAGGCUCGCGCAAAACGCGCGAACAUGGGCUGAUCUUCGCAAAAUUCUGAAGGAACAAACAAGAACUGCCCACGAGUUUGCUUCCGACUACUCCUUUCGCUACAAUGGAAACCAGGGCUCCGAUGAGGUGGAUAUGUUGCUAUCUGAUUUCACGACUACAAUAGGUGGGCGGCUUGACGGGCUCGAUCAGACCGUAAGAGAUCUGUUACAGCUGGUCGAUCAGUAUUGCUACAAGCACGAAACGCCUGAGCUGGAUAACGGUAUGAGAUCCUCGCUGUUGUAG